CACUCGCGCGCUGACUCGGCUGCCGGCGGAGUUCGUGCCGGUCUGGGCUAGCGGCGGCAGGCAGGAGAAGGAGAGCGCGACUCGUUCAUCAGGCGUUGCGGUCGCGGCCGCCGCGGGGUGAGGAGGGCGUGUAGCCUGUGACGUCCCCCAGGCUUUUCUGGUUCGCAGGUGGUCGGGCGGCGAUGGAACCGAGGCCCACGGCGCCCUCCUCCGGCGCUCCGAGGCCGGCAGGGGCCGGGGAGACGCCGCCAGCCGCCGCGCUGGCAGCUACCGGAGUGGACCUGCCUGGCACUGCGGUGCCCUCGGCGCCAGAGGAUGCUGCCACCGCGAGCCGGGGCGGCGGCGGGGUCCGCAAUGAGGUGGUCGCGGCGGCCGGGGACGGGCUGGGAAGACCGCUGGGGCCCACCCCCAGCCAGAGUCGCUUCCAGGUGGACUUGGUCUCCGAGAGCGCCGGACGGGCCGCGGCCGCGGCAGCAGCUGCCGGAUCGGGGACCAAGGAGACCCCUGCAUCCGGAAAGACCGGUGGCGGGAGCGGGCUCCCCAAGAGCAGUGAGGAAGCCAAGGGUCGCUUCCGCGUGAACUUCGUGGAUCCGGCAGCCUCCUCCUCGGCGGAGGAGAGCCUGUCGGAUGCCCCAGGGGUCGGAGGCGACGGACCCAACGUGAGCUUCCAGAACGGCGGGGACACGGUGCUGAGUGAGGGCAGCAGCCUGCACUCGGGCGGUGGAGGCGGCGGCAGCGGGCACCACCAUCACUACUACUAUGACACCCACACCAACACUUACUACCUGCGCACCUUCGGCCACAACACCAUGGACGCCGUGCCGAGGAUCGACCACUACCGGCACACGGUCGCGCAGCUGGGCGAAAAGCUGCUCCGGCCCAGCCUGGCAGAGCUCCACGAUGAGCUGGAAAAGGAACCUUUUGAGGAUGGUUUUGCGAAUGGAGAGGAAAGUACUCCAACCAGAGAGGCUGUGGUCACAUAUGCGGCAGAAAGUAAAGGCGUUGUGAAGUUUGGCUGGAUCAAGGGUGUGUUAGUCCGGUGUAUGUUGAAUAUUUGGGGUGUGAUGCUCUUUAUUAGAUUGUCAUGGAUUGUGGGUCAAGCUGGAAUAGGUCUCUCAGUCCUUGUAAUAAUGAUGGCUACUGUUGUGACAACUAUCACUGGAUUGUCUACUUCAGCAAUAGCUACUAAUGGAUUUGUAAGAGGAGGAGGAGCAUAUUAUUUAAUAUCUAGAAGUCUAGGACCAGAAUUUGGUGGCGCAAUUGGCCUGAUCUUUGCUUUUGCUAAUGCUGUUGCUGUUGCUAUGUAUGUGGUUGGAUUUGCAGAAACUGUGGUGGAGUUGCUUAAGGAACAUUCCAUACUUAUGAUAGAUGAAAUCAAUGAUAUCCGAAUUAUUGGAGCCAUUACUGUGGUGCUGCUUUUAGGCAUUUCAGUAGCAGGAAUGGAAUGGGAAGCAAAAGCUCAAAUUGUUCUUCUGGUGAUUCUCCUACUUGCUAUUGCUGAUUUCAUCAUAGGAACAUUUAUCCCAUUGGAGAGCAAGAAACCCAAAGGUUUCUUCGGUUAUAAAUCAGAAAUAUUUCAUGAGAACUUUGGACCAGACUUUCGAGAAGAAGAGACUUUCUUUUCUGUAUUUGCCAUAUUUUUUCCUGCUGCAACUGGUAUUCUAGCUGGAGCAAACAUCUCAGGUGAUCUUGCUGAUCCUCAGUCAGCCAUACCCAAAGGAACCCUUUUAGCCAUUUUAAUUACUACGGUGGUUUACAUAGGAAUUGCAGUAUCUGUAGGUUCUUGUGUUGUUCGGGAUGCCACUGGGAACAUUAAUAACACUAUCGUGACAGAGUUAACAAACUGUACCUCUGCAGCCUGCAAAUUAAACUUUGACUUUUCAUCUUGUGAAAGCAGUCCUUGUUCCUAUGGCUUAAUGAACAACUUUCAGGUAAUGAGCAUGGUGUCAGGAUUUGCACCAUUAAUCUCUGCAGGUAUCUUUUCAGCUACCCUUUCUUCUGCGUUAGCAUCCCUUGUGAGUGCUCCCAAAAUAUUCCAGGCUCUAUGUAAGGACAAUAUCUAUCCAGCUUUCCAGAUGUUUGCUAAAGGUUAUGGAAAGAAUAAUGAACCUCUUCGUGGAUACAUCUUAACAUUUUUAAUUGCGCUUGGAUUUAUCCUAAUUGCUGAACUGAAUGUUAUUGCUCCAAUUAUCUCUAACUUCUUCCUGGCAUCAUAUGCAUUGAUCAAUUUUUCAGUAUUCCAUGCAUCUCUUGCAAAAUCUCCAGGAUGGCGCCCUGCAUUCAAAUACUACAACAUGUGGAUAUCACUGAUUGGAGCAAUUCUCUGCUGCAUCGUGAUGUUUGUUAUUAACUGGUGGGCAGCAUUGCUUACGUAUGUUAUAGUUCUUGGACUAUAUAUUUACGUUACCUACAAAAAACCAGAUGUGAACUGGGGAUCUUCUACACAAGCUCUGACUUACCUGAGUGCAUUGCAACAUUCUAUUCGACUUUCUGGUGUAGAAGACCAUGUGAAAAACUUCAGACCACAGUGUCUUGUUAUGACAGGAGCACCAAACUCACGCCCAGCUUUACUUCAUCUUGUUCAUGAUUUCACAAAAAAUGUUGGUUUAAUGAUCUGUGGACAUGUACAUAUGGGCCCUCGAAGACAAGCCAUGAAAGAAAUAUCAAUUGAUCAAGCCAGAUAUCAGCGAUGGCUUAUUAAAAAUAAAAUGAAGGGUUUUUAUGCUCCAGUACAUGCGGAUGAUUUGAGAGAAGGUGCACAGUAUUUGAUGCAGGCUGCUGGUCUUGGUCGUAUGAAACCAAACACACUUGUGCUUGGAUUUAAGAAAGAUUGGCUACAAGCAGAUAUGAGAGAUGUGGAUAUGUAUAUAAAUUUAUUUCAUGAUGCCUUUGACAUCCAAUAUGGAGUGGUGGUUAUCCGCUUAAAGGAAGGGUUGGAUAUAUCUCAUCUUCAAGGACAAGAAGAAUUACUGUCAUCACAAGAGAAAUCUCCUGGUCCCAAGGAUGUGGUUUUAAAUGUGGAAUACAGUAAGCCAUCAGAUUUAGAAACUUCCAAACAGUCUGGUGAAAAAACUGUUAAACAUAAAGAUAAGGAAGAGGAUGGCAAGACUCCAACUCAACCACUGUUGAAAAAAGAAUCCAAAGGCCCUGUUGUGCCUUUAAAUAUAGCUGACCAAAAGCUUCUUGAAGCUAGUACACAGUUUAAGAAAAAACAAGGAAAAAACACUAUUGAUGUUUGGUGGCUUUUUGAUGAUGGAGGUUUGACAUUAUUGAUACCAUAUCUUCUGACGACCAAGAAAAAAUGGAAAGACUGCAAGAUUAGAGUAUUCAUUGGAGGAAAAAUAAAUAGAAUAGACCACGACCGGAGAGCGAUGGCUACUUUGCUUAGCAAGUUCCGGAUAGACUUCUCUGACAUCAUGGUUCUAGGAGAUAUAAACACCAAACCAAAGAAAGAAAAUAUUGUAGCUUUUGAUGAAAUGAUUGAGCCAUACAGACUUCAUGAAGAUGAUAAAGAGCAAGAUAUUGCAGAUAAAAUGAAAGAAGAUGAGCCAUGGUUAAUAACAGAUAAUGAGCUUGAACUUUAUAAGACCAAGACAUAUAGGCAGAUCAGGUUAAAUGAAUUAUUAAAGGAGCAUUCUAGCACAGCAAAUAUUAUUGUCAUGAGUCUCCCUGUUGCAAGAAAAGGUGCUGUGUCUAGUGCUCUCUACAUGGCCUGGUUAGAAGCUCUGUCCAAGGACCUACCACCAAUCCUCCUAGUUCGUGGAAAUCAUCAGAGUGUCCUUACCUUCUAUUCGUAAAUGUUCUUUGUACGUGGACAGCCUAGUGCCUAGUUGAAACGGAAAUCUUCAAUGACAUUAACAUCAAUGGCGAACUGUGACUUUUCUUUCACUAUUACAUUGAUUUGAAAGCACACAGAAAGUUGCUCCAUUGAUAUGUUUAUGGAGACUUCAGUUUUGUUAAUUCCGUAUCAGUCUUAAUGAAUGAGGAUUCCUUGUUGGAUGACUGAAGCUCAUGAGAGUAAAGUUUUCCUUUGCUACUUGAAUAGCAAUAAAAGUGUG